UUCUCUUUACGAACGAAUCCAACUCCUAUUAGUCAGAGGAGCCAUUUCAGAUCACGAGCUCAGAUUCCUUUUGUUCGUACUCAACUGAUUUCAUUAGAUCGUCAUGGCCUACGCACAGUUCAAGUCGACAAAUUAAAACCAGGACCUUUUGGUUUUUAUAUAGCAACAGGUUUAAUAAAUAACCGACAAGGAAUAUUUAUUUCGCGCAUUUCAUUGCCAUCACUAACGUCGGUGCUUUCAGCUGGUGAUGAGAUUGUUUACAUUGAAAAUGAACUUGUGAAAGGUAGAACUUUAGAAUAUGUGCAAUCUCUUUUAGCGGACAAAACAAAUAUAAAAAUUGUAUUAUCACCUGCAAAUUGUCCAUCAAUUUGA